GAUUUAGUGUCGUCAAUGGGAAGCACACGAGACGGUGGCAAAGCUGGUUACGGUCUAGAUUGAAAUCCGCAACUGCACCAUGCUCUCCAGGUCUAUUCCGCGUCUGUGGAUUACAUUUUGCUUUUAUUUAUGCUGUUAUGUAGACAGCGGCGAAGCACAGAAUGCGAAGGAAGUGAUUCUGCUGGACUCCAAAGCACAGCAGACAGAACUGGAGUGGAUCUCCUAUCCUCCCAAUGGGUGGGAAGAGAUAAGCGGCUUGGAUGAGAACUACACACCCAUCCGAACAUACCAGGUUUGCCAAGUUAUGGAACCCAAUCAGAAUAACUGGCUUCGGACUAACUGGAUAGAGAAGGGUGAUGCCCAGAGAAUUUUUGUGGAACUGAAGUUCACCUUGAGGGAUUGUAACAGCCUACCUGGUGUGGUGGGCACUUGCAAGGAGACGUUCAACUUGUACUACCAAGAGACGGAUUCAGAGGUAGGAAGGAGCUUAAGGGAGAACCAGUACGUGAAAAUUGACACAAUCGCAGCAGAUGAAAGCUUCACUCAGGGUGACCUAGGUGAGAGGAAGAUGAAGCUGAACACCGAAGUGCGCAUAAUUGGCCCCCUGUCCAGGCGGGGCUUCUAUCUGGCCUUCCAGGAUGUAGGGGCGUGCAUUGCCCUGGUCUCUGUCAAAGUUUAUUACAAGAAGUGUUGGUCUAUCAUUGAGAACCUGGCCACGUUCCCAGACACCGUGACGGGAUCAGAGUUCUCCUCGCUGGUGGAGGUCGAGGGUAUGUGCGUGAGCGAUGCCGAGGAGGAAGCCGAUAACUCUCCUAAGAUGCACUGCAGUGCUGAGGGGGAAUGGCUAGUUCCCAUUGGGAAAUGUAUAUGCAAAGCUGGAUUUCAUCAGAAGGGAGAUGCGUGUGAACCAUGCGGUCGAGGUUUCUACAAGUCUUCCUCACAGGACCUUCAGUGUUCUCGCUGUCCGGUGCACAGCUUCAACGACCGUGAAGGCUCCUGGCGCUGUGACUGUGAGGACGGCUACUACCGAGCACUCUCUGACCCGCCAUCUGUGGCCUGCACGAGACCUCCCUCUGCGCCACAGAACCUGGUCUACAACAUCAACCAGACCACAGUUAGCCUGGAGUGGAGCCCACCGGCUGACACUGGCGGUCGCAACGAUGUCACCUACAGGGUUAUAUGUCGACGCUGCAGCUGGGAACCAGAGGAGUGUGUUCCAUGUGGGCCAAAUGUGGGAUACUCUCCUGCUCAGUCAGGCUUAGUGGACACUUAUGUGACCAUUGUGGACCUGCUUGCUCAUGCCAAUUAUACUUUUGAGGUGGAGGCGGUCAAUGGGGUGUCUGACCUGAGUCGCACGCAGAGACUGUUUGCUGCAGUUAGCAUCGCUACUGGCCAAGCAGCUCCGUCCCAGGUCAGCGAGGUCAUCAAAGAGAAAGUGCAGCAGCGCAGCGUCCAGCUCUCCUGGCAGGAGCCCCAGCAACCCAACGGUGUCAUCACAGAAUAUGAGAUCAAAUACUAUGAAAAAGAUCAGAAGGACCGGAUCUAUUCUACAGUGAGGUCCAAGUCCACGUCAGUCACAGUGAACAACCUAAAGCCCAGCACAGCUUACGUGUUCCAGAUUAGGGCUUUCACAGAAGCAGGAUAUGGCACCUACGGACCUAGACUAGAGAUAACCACCAAAGAAGAGGCCACAGCUGCAAUCGUCUCUAGUGAGCAGAACCCCGUCAUCAUCAUAGCGGUGGUGGCUGUGGCGGGGACCAUCAUACUGGUGUUCAUGGUGUUUGGCUUCAUCAUCGGGAGAAGGUACGCUCUCGCGGGCCCCAUUGACUCUCCGCUCCUGCACUGCGGGUACAGCAAAGCUGAUCAGGAGGGAGAUGAGGAACUCUACUUCCAGUUUAAAUUUCCAGGCACCAAAACCUACAUUGACCCUGAAACCUAUGAGGACCCGAACAGGGCUGUCCAUCAAUUUGCCAAGGAGCUGGAUGCCUCUUGCAUUAAAAUCGAGCGGGUUAUUGGAGCAGGAGAGUUUGGGGAGGUGUGCAGCGGCCGACUGAAGCUGCCUGGAAAACGGGACGUGUCGGUUGCCAUCAAAACACUAAAAGUGGGCUACACUGAGAAGCAGAGGCGGGACUUCCUGUGCGAAGCCAGCAUUAUGGGACAAUUUGACCAUCCUAAUGUUGUCCAUCUGGAGGGAGUCGUGACAAGAGAUGCAGUAAUAAAAGGAGCAGAUGGAAAACCAGUCAUGAUUGUCAUUGAGUACAUGGAGAACGGCUCAUUAGAUGCUUUCCUCAGGAAACAUGAUGGCCAAUUCACAGUCAUCCAGUUGGUGGGAAUGCUGCGGGGCAUCGCAGCGGGAAUGAGAUACCUUGCUGAUAUGGGAUACGUCCAUCGAGAUCUGGCUGCACGGAAUAUCCUUGUCAACAGCAAUCUCGUAUGUAAAGUGUCUGACUUCGGCCUGUCAAGGGUGAUAGACGACGAUCCCGAGGCUGUCUACACAACAACUGGUGGCAAAAUACCCGUCCGGUGGACCGCACCAGAAGCCAUCCAGUACCGUAAAUUCACUUCUGCGAGUGAUGCGUGGAGUUACGGUGUUGUCAUGUGGGAGGUUAUGUCCUAUGGAGAGCGCCCUUACUGGGACAUGUCCAACCAAGAUGUCAUAAAGGCAAUAGAGGAAGGAUACCGUCUUCCAGCUCCCAUGGACUGUCCACCAGGCUUACAUCAGCUAAUGCUGGACUGCUGGCAGAAAGACCGGGCAGAACGCCCCAAAUUUGACCAGAUAGUUGGCAUCCUCGAUAAGAUGAUACGCAACCCUAACACACUGAAAACCCCAGUCGGAACGUGUACAAGACCAAUUAGCCCACUGUUAGAUCAGAGCACACCAGACUUCACUGCUUUCCGCUCAGUGGGAGAGUGGCUGGAAGCCAUCAAGAUGGAGCGAUACAGAGACAACUUCACAGCAGCUGGCUACAGUUCCUUGGAAUCUGUGGCCAGGAUGUCAAUCGAGGACGUGAUGAGCUUGGGGAUCACUCUGGUGGGACAUCAGAAAAAGAUCAUGAGUAGCAUACAGACUAUGAGAGCCCAGAUGCUGCACCUCCAUGGCACGGGUGUCCAGGUGUGACAAACUCUGAUGGGCUGCCUUCAGAGAGGUCGAACAAAAAUGAGCUUGGGGCAUAAAUGGAAUAACUGUCAAAGUAAACAGACAUAUGUGAUGUCUGACUCUUCUGGCUGUGCCUGGAGUGAAAUCAUUCCUUUGUUUCUCAGUGAAGGAUUGUGGUCCACCUCUUUAAAGGGCACUAAAGAGAGGAAAAGCGCAAAAAAGAAACAGCAACAAAAAAGAAACUACCUGGAUGAGACAAAUUUAUAUUUCCCUUCUUUUUCAAGCUAAACCACAUAUCAAACAACAUAUUGAAAAGGAGUUUGCCGCUUAAGUUUCUUUAACUUAAUGAUUUAUGUGAACACAUUGUCUGGAUUUCCUUUAAAAGAACUAAAGCAGUGAUUUUACUUGUUUCUUUUUUUUUAUUUGUUAAUUUCCUUUGUGUCUGCCACAGUGACACGUUUUGGCACAUAUAAAAGUUCUUUUUCCUCUUCUCUUUGGAUGUGACAACAGGGUAACUCUUUAAUCCAAACACAGAGGGAACUUUUUAGGUGCACAUUUAAAGGUACUUUUUGUGCUGGACUGUUUGCAAUGACUCUCGUUUUUCUUCAUGUGCUGUUGAAGUGAAAACAUUAUCUUCACGCUUGUUUGCAGCCUGUUGGAGUGGGCUUUUGACGUGGUUUCAAAUUUUCAACAUUUUUUUUUUUUUUUAAUCAAAGAAUUUUAUGAUGAGUGCAACACCGAUGGAGCUGCAGGAGGCAAACUCUUCUUCGAUUCACCAGAAUUGUUAUUAUUAUUAUUGUUUUUUAAUCAGAGUAGCAAUAUCCUUCAUCUGAGUGUUCACUAUGGGAAACAGAGUUUCACUUGGUUGUUGAGUACAAUGUGUCAGCACAGUUGAAAGAUUGUAUUGACGUUGCAGCCAUGCUUUGCCAUCAUUUUGCCUCAAAUGUUUUACACAGUGGUUGUUUUGAUGAAUUGUUUCAAGACAUGACGAGACGUAAUACUGCCUUAAAAUGUGUUUAGAUUAAGUAUUGCCACUAUUUUAGGCACUUCAGUGGCAGUGCUUUCUGUGGCUCAUUUCAAUGGUGUAAAGUUCCUUUUUUUUUUUUCUUCAUUGUAGCGUGAUGUCUUUUUAUCUUGAACUUGAACUGGUGUGCACAGACUCUGUUUUAUGCCACAAGUGACAGUCAGUGAAGAAGAGUUGGACUAAAAAGAGCAAUAAUUACUAGGUAAAAAUUGUCCUCGACAGACUUUUUAAGGUGCUAGAUGAAAUGGAAAGGAUGCGGGUGCUGUUCAGAGACAAAACCUUUGGAAAGAUUCAGUCACCGCCGGAAAAGGAAAGGAAUGUACCUCUUUGACCUAAGUGUUGCGUAAAAAUACCAUGCCAAGUCAUCAAAUGAAACAAUAAUGUAUUUUGCUGUAAUGAUAUGUUAAACAUUUGGUGAGACUCUAAAGUGGCAUGGAAAUGUUGACUUGAGUGACUGCAGAGAUAAAAGAGGCACCAUCUAAAACACUAGAAAGGUGCCAAUUAGCCAUGCUGACAUAAUUUUCUGACACAUUGCCCCCCCUUCCCCACCUCCCUCCACCCAAAAGAAAAAAAAAAUCAAAGAGCCCCUUCUGGGUCUAGGUAUGAAAAUGUCACACUAAACCAUGGAGCUAGUAUCAGACACGGACUAUGUUGUUAAAUCCCUCCGUCCCGGUACUGCAGGCAGCCGUGCAGCUCCCUUGUUUAUUCAUGCGUCUCUGCUGCUCAUCCCUCACAGGCACAGAUGUGACAGAACAUGCAUUAAAGUGUUUCUUAAAAUUGCUCCUCUUUUCUUCCGUACAGCUUUGUAUGGAGAACAGAGAAGAAGGGGCUGUGCCGAGGAUGUGCUAAAAGUCAAUCAACCUAUUUGGUGCCAUCUGUCUCCACUUCAAAAACAAACAAACAAACAAAAAAAUUCCCAAAAAGGAAAACUUUCCAUGUUGAGUUUGUUUUUACUGCAGUGUCCUUUGUAAAGGGUGGUGUUCACAGAAGAAAAGCAUUAAAACGUCUCUCGCUGCUGCUGUAACAUGAGACAUAAAUCUUUGUUUUCAAAGCUGUAGUCAUUUUCUCAUCACAGAAAAAGUAUAACCAUCAGGACUCAACCUUGAGCUCACUAACAGGCAGUAAAACCAUCUGAAGCUUCAUUUAACAUAAAAAAAAGACUUCUUGUACUUUCUGUUUUGACCUUUCAUCCACACUAAGACAGUGAUUGAAAUUGGUGCAAAAAUCUGGCAACAACAACAAAGAAAUCUAGUCUCUCUAAUCUAGUCUCUCUAAAGGGUGAGAUAUAGCCUGACAGUAGAUACAAAUUCACAACUGCAUAGAUAGACAUGGUCAGGUAGUCAUAGGUUUAGAGCUUCAUAAAGACUGCAACAAAUUUUAUGUUCUUUUUGUGUUUGUUUACUUUCUCAACUAUUUGUUGUAUUGCCACCUGUUAGAAAAAUGAGUUAGCCUGGCAUGCUAAAACCGUGAUUGUGUGGAUGUAAAAUUCCUUCAGAACGGCGGAAAACUCAAUUUGAAAAACGUGGAUUAGUCCUUAAAUGAACAACAUUAGCUGGCUUAUCGUGGAUGCGUUGCUUAAAUCCAUUUUCACUGUGGGAUUCACCUUGGGAUGAGACACCCAAAAUUAGCCCCGACCAGCCCUCCAUAUCACACACGCCCUCCCUUUAUCCAUACAGCAGACCUCAGCAAUUGGGCCUUGGCCAGACCUUUGAAUUGAAUACUGGCAUAAAGUCAUUCAGUCAGCACAAAACUCCCCAGUUUACAGGCAGCACUCUGUUUCUCACCAUCAACUCCCUGCUCUGAUUUUCAAACUGGACCUCUGGAGGAUGCCCCUCACACCUCUGUCCCUUUUUUUUUUUCUGUGCUGGGGAGAUAGUAGUUUGAGCCAAACUGAGAUUAAGGCCAGGAUGCAAUCGAUACAAUGUUUCAGUUUGAUUUAUGCUGAACUUCAGGUUGCUCAACUCUGGAAAAAAAAAAGUUUUGUUGUGACUCUGUUUCAGGAAAAAAGAUUUUAAAAUAUAAAAAGGCAAAAAAAAAAAAAAAAA